AUGUCUAGUUCAAACUAUUCCCAACUAGAAAGCAGAAAUGACGAGAGAUUAGAAAGUCUUGCUAAUAAAUUAGCUACUUUUAAAAAUAUCAACCAAGAAAUUGGCGAUCAGGCGAUAAAUGAUAAUUCAUUAAUGAAUCAACUAUCGAAUUCUUUUGAUUCUAUGUUAAACAAUGUUAGAAAUACUUCAGGGAGAUUAACUAGGUCUAUGAGAGCAGGAAAUAACAUAUGGAGAAUGGUUGGUAUUUCUCUAGUAUUAUUUUUCAUAGUCUAUAACCUAUACAAGUUUUUCUAA